AUGGCCGAGCCUCAGAUAUUUGAUGAGCCCGUACGUCCUGGGAGUCCCGAGAUUACUACGGUGGUAGCGGCUCCAGGACUUGGCGAUAAUACUCAUAGUGCUCCUUCAGAUCAGAUUGCAAUUGAUCAGAAGAAUGCGCUUAUAUCUAUUAGAGCGUUUUUGAAAUCCAAGACCGCCUAUGAUGUGCUUCCAGUCAGUUUUAGACUGAUUGUGCUGGAUACUGCUCUGCUAGUUAAGAAAUCAUUGACUAUCCUGUUGCAGAAUUCCAUUGUAUCGGCCCCUCUAUGGAACUCACGAACUUCGCGGUUUGCUGGUCUGUUAACUGCAUCGGAUUAUAUCAACGUCAUUCAAUACUAUUUUCAGAACCCUGAUAAAAUGGACAAGAUCGAGGACUUCACUCUAGAUGGGUUGCGGACCGUAGAAAAAGCCAUUGGUGCUGAACCUAUAGAAACCAUUUCCAUUCAUCCAUUCAGACCACUCUACGAAGCAUGUGGUAAAAUGAUUAGCUCCAAAGCUAGAAGAAUCCCAUUAAUUGAUGUCGAUGAAGAUUCGGGCAGAGAGAUUGUAGUGUCUGUUCUCACCCAGUACCGUAUUCUCAAGUUCGUGGCUCUCAAUUGCAAAGAGACCACCAUGCUAAUGAAACCUCUGAGAGACCUGAAUAUCGGAGUUAGAGGCAAUCUUGCCACGGUGUCCAUGCAGAGCCCUGUCAUCGACGUCAUCCACAUUCUCGCCAGCAAACGGGUUUCCUCGGUGCCCAUUGUCGACGAUGAGUACAAACUUAUCAACAUCUACGAGUCGUACGAUGUCCUGGCACUAAUAAAAGGAGGCAUUUAUACCGACCUGUCGCUGUCUGUAGGAGAAGCUCUCAUGCGACGAGCCGAUGACUUCGAAGGUGUCCACACAUGCACCGACGAUGACAGGCUCGACACAAUCAUGGACAUCAUCCGGCGGUCGCGACUGCACAGGCUGUUCGUCGUCGAUGAACAGGGCGUCCUCAAAGGCAUCGUCACUCUCAGUGACAUCCUCAACUACAUCUUGUAUGGAGAAGAGGCCACUAGCUAA